GCCAGCUGUGAUCGAGGAACAUUGUGGCAUCUUCCACCUUUGAGGCUGGAAAUUUCAACGCGACGCAACCACCAAAAAAAUGGCGACGCUGAAUCUACUCGCCCUAAUCCUGACCCUAUCUCUCGAGGUCAUGGGUCAACCCAUCAAGAUGGCACCUCUGUCCCCCAUGCCAUUGGCCCACGAAAUCACGAUGGACCAGUUGGGUAAAUACAUAGUGAAAUGGACACCACAGGACGUAGAUAUCAUCUUUGAAGUCCACGUAGCUACCACAGGUUAUAUUGGCUUUGGAUUUUCGACCAACGGUGGAAUGCGAGGAUCUGAUAUCAUUGUCGGCGGAGUGGAUGACUUAACUGGAGAGGUCUAUUUAACAGAUCGACACGCAACUGGAAACUCGGUUCCAGAGGUCGAUUCAUCCCAGGACGUCCAGCUUUUGGAAGGAUUCCAGAAUGAGACUCACACAGCCCUCAGGUUUUCUCGUCCUUGGUACACCUGUGAUAGUGAUGGGGAUUUAGAGUUGAAUAAAGAAGACACAGUCCGCCUCAUUUGGGCCUAUGGAGAUUCAGACCCCGUGGAACGAGAUCCUAUGACAAUUAAGUACCAUUCUCAGAAAGGAAGCAAAAGUUUAUACCUGAACGAACCGCGUCUUCGAAUCCCUGACUUGGGAGAGGACGUGAAGACUUGGGAACUAAGGUCACCUAACCUGAGGCUCCCAAAAGAUGUGGCAACCGUGUAUUGGUGCAAACUCUACAAGAUUCCACCUCUUCCUCGCAAGACUCACGUCAUUGGAUAUGUACCCAUCAUCUCCGAGGACAAUAUCCAACACGUGCACCACAUCCUUCUAUACGGAUGUCAUCUGCCGGAGAGUGACAAAUAUUUCGAAAAAUGGAUCGGCGCAGAUGGAGGCCAGUGCUUCGACCCUAAUAUGCCCGUCUCCUGGAAGUACUGCUCAAGUCUCAUGGUAGGCUGGGCUGUUGGAGGUGAAGGAACCUUCACACCAGAACACGUUGGUUUCCCACUGGGAGAGGAGCACGGGGGAGCUACGUACUUCAUGAUGGAGUUGCAUUACGAAAAUCCUAAUCUCAGGAAAGGCAUAGUAGACAAUUCCGGCCUGAGGAUUUACUAUACAGAGAAGCUGCGUGAACAUGAUGCCGGUAUAAUGAUAUUGGGUCUUAACGUGUCACCUAUGCAAAUAAUACCCCCGGGUCAACACUGGCUGAGUAUUGGGCAUUGUAGCAGUGACUGUACUGGCCAACAUCUUCCUGGAAAAGGCGUCAACGUCUUUGGGGCAUUGCUUCAUACACAUACUUUGGGCAGAAAUAUGACCCUCAGACACAUCAGAGGUCAUAAGGAAUUGCCUGUGAUUAUGCAAGAUCUUAACUAUGACUUCAACUUCCAAGAGACCAGGAAUCUCAAAGAGGAAUUGGUCGUAUUGCCCGGAGAUUCCCUCAUUGUAGAAUGUGGACUGGAUUCCACAUCGCGCAGUGGUCCUACUUUCGGAGGAUUCGGAACCUAUCAGGAGAUGUGUCACAGCAUAUUAUACUAUUAUCCCCGGGUGGAUCUGACUAGCUGUUUCUCAGAGCUCUCCGCUAAGUCUCUCUUUGAUGCCCUGGGCAUAAAGGAUGCCAGUACACAACAGGGAGAGAAGCUUGAAUCAUCCCAUGAGUAUGGAAUCGAUCUGGAAGCAGAGACUAUACUAGCAGAGGUGAUAAAGCAAGGGAAUAUGAAAUUCAAAAUUGAA